AUGUCGGAUCGAACAGGACCAUUCUCAUCUGUGCCUCUCGGUGGUGUUGAGGAGAGCGACAGUUCUGGCGAUGGAAUGAGCCUCACAAGUGGUGUAGAGGAUAGUCUUGGUGGAUCGAAUACUUUCGAGCGCAACGGUCGUACUGCAGACCACUUGCGCCAUCGAGCACAGACCGUGCCGGGUCGCAACAGCGCAUACACACUCGCAGCGACUCCAGAAUCUGCACUUGCUCGUUCGCACGCGUCGCAGCAAACAUCGUGGCAAUCACAAGCGCACUUGGCUGCAGCAUCAACCUUGCAACAGACGCCAGAAGCAGGUGCAAGCAGACAGCUUCACGCCGCACCACCGCGUAUAGAAAGGCAAGCGCCUACAGCGCGAGCAGUAUCACACAUGCUUGCACCGCCUCUUCCGGUGGCUUCGUUUGCAAACUCGAUCGGCGCCAGCCGUAAUCUGUUCACAAGACCAGCAACAGCGUCAGUAACCACCACGGCGGCAAACGCUUUUGGCAGCCCCACAGAGACGUCUAUGUCCAAUUCUUUUGGUUUUGCACCUCGAGCUGGUGGUAGUACAACGCUGACUCUUCCGACAGCGAGGAUCGAGUCUCAACCUGCUCGGCUACAGCCGCCGUCUGCAGCUGCACACACACCUGUUCGCUCAUCAAAUUCAGCGUCGGCAGCCGUAGCGGCGACAACAGGCGUCUCUUUACAUCCCGUAGCCACCCGUUCACCUCCCAUUGCUUCUCCGACGUCUACAAACUUGGACGCAGCCGCAUUGGCAGCCGAACGCCGGAUCCGGGACGCAAGAGCUGCGAGUCGAAACGAAGCAAGAGCAAGACAAAGUGUUUCAUUCUCUGCGACCGUCGCCACUCCACAGAACAGAGAUAUGGGCACAACGUACAACGCUUUACCUGCACCGCCUGCUGUGAACCGAGUAGCUGCUGCAGCAGAAGCAAGAUCUCGUCCGCCUGCCAUGAGGGUCCCCGUCGAUUCGAGCAUUUCGCACCUCGGCAGAGCAGCAAAUCCUCGACUACCCACCAUUCGCAGCGCCCCAGGUGACGCAAACAGAGAUUCAAGUUUUUCCUUCUCCACGGAUGGUUCGGGCGCAUUUGGACGACCUACUGCCACCCGCCUGUUUGCUCCCACCUCCAACACUGCUACUGACACUCGCGAAUCUCCGCUAUGCGCCUCGCGCACCAGCGGUAGAAUCGCCCACCCCCCAGUGGGCGAAGCAUGCGAAGCCGAAGCACAAGACCUCUCGGUCUCGUGGGUCGAUCAAGCAUCCGCUUCCACAUCCGAAUCGACAUGCAUGUCCAACUCGAACCAAUCGUCGGCGGUUGCUGCGCAACUGUCAACUCCACCGGUGGUGCGAUUACGCAAGUGGGACGGAUCAUGUACGCUCGUGCCCGCAUACCUGGUUUCGGAUUCGGCGGAAAGCGCACUGGAAGAACAUGAGUUUGACUAUGAUACGAUUGCGCGUUUCGACAUUGGCUCUUUGCUACAACGGCAUACUGAUCGGGUGAUGGGACGAGGCGAUGUGGACCUCGAUAGCCAACAGGGGGAUUCGGUACAAGCGAUACUAGAGAUCCAACUGGGAUUGAAGGGUCUACAUGGAUGGUAUGGAUUCCGGUAUCGGAAUGCUCGCUCAGACGCAGACACUCGUGGAUUAGUGCAAGACGAUUCAAGGAGCAAAAAAAGGCGACGCACUGCGAGCUGUGACGCUGACGCUUGCACGUCGACUGCGACGACGGAGGAAGCGAACGAUUCCGGCUCCGGUUCCGGUUCGGGCUCUGGUUCUGGUUCAGGUUCCGGCGAUCAAUCCGAGACGCCAAUCGUGGUAUAUGAUAGCUUUGGGCGCGUGCGUGGAUGCAUCCAUUUGCCCAAAUACGCGACCCGCGGUGGACGCGAGUUUCCGCUCCCGUCUCCUAGAGAGUCAUUCAGCUUGCGUCAACACGCCGCUUCAUCGGUCGUCCUACAAACGGCGCGCGUCCUCGCGCACAAAGAGUCGGUCUUGUCGCAACGUGAGCUCUCUGUAAGCGAAUGCAGCGAUUCGUCUGCUCAUGACUCGGCAUGCACUAUCAAACCGCGCCACGUGUACACACAUGUGCUCUCGAUGCGCACCAAGCUGGCCGUCUUCCAACGCGCCCACCGUCCACACCUCUUAAAGGGCCUCCAGAACGCAUACCUCGAUUCCACCCAGUCUAGCCACAUCCUCCACUAA